CGCCCUGCCGUGAAGAAAAGAAAAUUGAACUGCGCUCUCCCUCUCUCUCUCUCUCAUUUUUGUUUUCCCCGGUUAUUAUUUGGAUCACAUUUCCCUCCCUCUCUCUCCCUUAGCCACAAUUGCAGUUAGUGGACCGCGCGUCCAACCCUCAAAGCCCACCAUGCCCACGUCAAACCCAUCCCACCAAUCACACCGCGAGUCGCUCCCCACGCACACAAAAAACCCCAUUACUUGUCCUCUCCUUCUUUCCUUUUCCAUUUUCGUUUCUUUUCUCUACUUUUUUCACCUCAUUAUCCUUCAACAUAAAUAACAAAAUUCGGCAGCGCUCCACGUGGCUAAAACCCAUCACUUCCUUCAAAUACUCCCGGAGAGAGAAGAGGGUGGAGGGGGUAAGGGGUUUAUCGCUGACCGGCUAUCGCCCGGUCAUGGGCGCUGGGUUACCGGCCCGCCCGGUUUUGUGGUCAAACGUUCUUUGGAAGGAUAUAAAAACAGACGACGAAGAAGGAGAGGGGUUUAAGGCAGCAAAAAGCCACUGUUGUUUCUCUUCUUUCAUGGUUUUUCCCUUCUCGUUGUUGUUGUCUGUGUGUUUUUAUUGAGAGAGAGAGAGGUUUUUCUGUUACCCUCUUCCCUCUUCUUAUGUUUCUUUUGAGUUCGAGGUAAGAAUGAAAAUGAGGAACUAGAAUGCAGAGAGAUUGAUUUCGGUGGCGAUGGCGGAUUUGUUUUCUUCCGUCUUGUUGCAUUGAAUUGGAAUUGAUAAUUCUCUCCCCUGAUCUCUUCUGCCUGGUCCGAUUUUCCACCUCCGAUCCCGAUCUGCGUCGCGCCGGCUCGGUUGGGCUCUUUCUGUACAUAUUGUUCGACGGAAUUCUCUCAAGAUUGACGUUAAUCUCGAGGUCAGUGGUGGUAAGUGUUAGAUCAGGCUAAUGUUGGUGGAAUUCCCUGCUCCACUUUCUUCUUCCUUGCUUCUGUUCUGUCCCACGAUUGUGUUGUUUCAAUUGUGUGCGAGCGAGCUGCGAUUCUUUCGAUCUUGCCGAAAAUAAAAAAAAAUUAAGGGUGAAAGUGAUUCUCUGUUUUGCUUUCGUGGCCUGAGAUCGGGAUCUGAUCGUGGAUGUGAGGCGGUUUGCCGGAAUUCUGGGUUUGGGAGGGAACUGCAGUUUUUUUUUUUACAUAGAGGAUAUGAAGUUUCACUGCUUUUUGUUCUAAAAAAAGUCAGCAGCCUUAUUUGAAUUCCAGGAGGUUGUACUUGUUUUUUUGUAAAAUCGGCUUUCUUCUUCUGGUGGUGCGUCUGUUGUUUUUAAUUACUGUGGGCAUUGCUGAAUUACUGGUAGAUUGUUUUCUGGAGCUGAAUUAUCUUCCAGCAUGAGUCUUUCUUGACGUGUCUGUUGUAGAUUUGUGCCAUUUGAAAAUCAGGAUGUUCUGAUUGCACUAAUUGCAGCUGCGGCUGCUUAAGUUUUGUUAAGGUUCAGUAAUGGUGUUAUGGAUCUCUUUUUGAUGGGCUCAGAAUUCAGAUUGAUAUUGAGAUUGUUUCAGUUCAAUUUUGAUUUGGUUUUCAUGUUGAUGAGCAGAUCAAUGAUGAUUGUGUUUGUUUGGAAUAAACUUAUAGAUUGAAUGCAUUCAAUAUUGAAGCCAGAAUAGCUUGUUGACAUUUUCCUUGUUCUUUUGGUUGAUCGCAGUGCUGUGAUCCCCGAUUGCAACAAUUCUUGUUUGAUAAGUGCCCAUCUGGUAUGUAUGCUUGAGAUAUGGUGUUUAAGAAGAGACAAUCUCAUGGUUUUAACAAUCUCCACUUCCCUUCUGUUCCCAAGGCUCCCAGAUCUGCCAGAAGGGCCUUUCAUAAGAGGAUAGUUGAGGACAGCCAAAUCUGUGCAUUUGAGUUACUUGCUUCUCUAGCUGGAAAGCUAUUACAGGAGAGUGAAAGCUCAUCUGCUUCUAGUAAUGCAUCUGAUGCAAAUGACCGGCCUGCAAUUAGUGAUGGUGUUGUUAAAAGAGAGCAAGUUGAGACUAAACCUGUGAAAACAGAGUGCUUGGAUUUGGGAAGCUGCGAAGAGAGCAUUUUCCUCCCUGACUACGGUUCACCUAGCAGUGACAGUAGGGGAAGUCUGAAUGAAAUUCCACUGCCAGCUGAGAGUGAUGCCAUUUUGGAGCGGUAUUCAACUGUCUCGAAUUCCGAUUCCUCAGAGAAAGGCAAUAGUGAUGUAAAACCAAUCCACGGUGAAAAGGCACCUAAGUUGGAGGGAGUCCCUCCUGUUACUGUAGAGCCUUGUGAUGAAAAACAAGAAAAUGGGGUUGGCAGUCAGCCAUUGGCUGAUGGGAUGGAGACUCGGGGGUUGAUCCUUCAUAAUGCCUGCAGUUCAAAGGAUCCCAUGGAGUCAUGCCUGAGGAAUCCUGCAUUGAUAAACUCAGACAACACUGCCAAACAUUUAUCCCGUGGGAAUUCCCUUCCCAGGGCUUCUGAUUUGAAGCAUGGGAAUGGUGUUAAGUUAGGUAUUAGAGAUGAUGAUGAAAACUUUUUUAGGUUUAAUAAAUUAAGCAGCAGAAGAAAGGCAUUUAGGCCUUCAUCUAGAAUUGGAGACAGAAGAAUAAGAAAACUACUGUCAUCCAAAUACUGGAAAGCAGCACCGAAGCUGAAAGACUAUGAGCUAACGAGACCUUAUUUGGGGAUGAAGCCUCUUCAUCAUAAGAGGAAGUUGUCUUGCAACCCUGACAAAACUCAGGGCGACAUUCUUUACAAGAGGAGGAAGUUUUCUGACCGUAGCGUAGUCAUAGCAUCUGAUAGGGGUUUUAGCGGUGAAAGUGUUUGUAACUCUCCUGAGAAAGGCACGUCUGGAGACAAUGGUUCAGCAGUAUUGUGUUAUGGAGAAAAUGGCAAGUCAUCUCCCGUUAUUGGUAAUCAAGCCCAGCUCCGGUCGAAGGAUUCUCAUGUUAAACUGAGCAUCAAGUCCUUCAAAAUUCCAGAACUUUUCAUUGACGUCCCAGAAACUGCAACUGUUGGUUCUCUCAAGAGAACUGUUGUGGAAGCUGUAACUUCUCUACUUGGUGGUGGUUUACGUGUUGGGCUGGUUCUUCACGGAAAGAAGGUCAGGGACGAUAACAGAACCCUUUUGCAGACUGGCAUCACUUCUGCUGAAAGCCUUGAGACUCUGGGUUUUACCCUGGAGCCUAAUUCAGUGCAAGCUCCUGUGCCCUUGUGCAGUGAAGAGCCUCCUGCUAUUUUCCCAUGUGAAACAUCCCACCUUAUAUCAAGGUCCCCAGAGACUACAAUUGUAGAGUCACUAAAGCUUAUUGACUCACCCAGGCUUGCUCCUUCUCCACCAACAAAUCAGGUUGACUACAACAGUGAGACUACUGAUCAGGAACCACUUUCCUGUAAUGCUGACAUAGUAGCUGACAACAAAUCACCAUCAGAUUUCAAAGCUCUGGUUGCAGUUGAACCAGCAAGUGCUGAGGCACUUGCUGUUGUUCCCCUCAACCAGAAAUCUAGGCGAUCUGAGAAUGUACAGCGUCGAACUAGGAGACCAUUCUCAGUCUCCGAAGUAGAGGCACUUGUCCAAGCCGUUGAAGAACUUGGCACUGGAAGGUGGCGGGAUGUUAAGUUGCGAUCUUUUGACAAUGCUGACCAUCGAACAUAUGUUGACUUGAAGGAUAAAUGGAAGACAUUAGUCCACACAGCCCAGAUUGCUCCGCAGCAAAGAAGGGGAGAGCCAGUUCCUCAGAAGCUUCUUGACAGAGUGUUGGCUGCACACAGCUACUGGUCGCAGCAUCAAGCCAAGCAACAUACCAAAAAUGCAGCUGCUGUUGCCACUGCGACUGCAACUGCAACACCGACGGUGCUGCAGAUAACAGACGGGCAGGCGAUUGAGGCUUGAAGAAGGAGGCGGGUAACAUUUCACUUGGUAUAAUAGUGUACAAAAGGAAGGGAAACUACUACAACCACUACUUGUUGACCGGGAAGGAACAGGGGAAGGCACAGAACAGGGUGACAAAGAAGAACAGCAGCAAAAUUGUACAAAAUGCAACAAUUGAUUUCUCAGAAUGUUUAUUAUGUAAUACACUCACACUUGUCUUUACAACAAUUCAUUCCCAGUGUUUCCCCUCCCCCCCAUUGGAGACCAGGGGAGAAGGAAAGCUUGGGCAUUUUGUAAAUUGAUUCAGUUCCAUGAAAUAAAUCCCCUCUAGGGGGAGUGGCUCAGCCUAAUAGGAACAUUAAAAUUUCCCAAUUCUUUGAUUUAAUCUGGUGUAAAAGAUUAUGUGUAGCUCAGGUUCAAAGGAACAUUUGAAAAAUGAGAGAUUUUUGUUUCUCAUAUCUUCACCUCGCUCGUCUCUUUUAAUUUUGAUUACUGUCGUACUCGAUCUGCGACGCAUCAUAAGUUGCUCCCCUUUCGAUACAUGUAUGUCUUGUUUCGAUUCACGGACAGACGUAAACUACUACUAGCUUUAGCUAUCAUGAAUCAUUUGUAUAUCCUUUGCAGCAUUGUAUGUUCUGCAAAAAGAAAGUGGAAUGAAACUGUUGGAUUGUGAAGAGGGGAAAGCAUCAAGGUAAAGUAAUUGGAGCUUGAAAGGCAGGCAGAGAAGGGUGGUGGUGGGAGUAGGCGCAAAAUUUCUUUACGGCUAAAACUCUAUUCCUUGCACGCAACCGCCAUGUGACAUUUUUAAGCCAAACCGAACCCAACAGCACACACUGUCUCUCUCUCUGUUUUGUGAAGAAGAAUUGGAACUUUGGAGGGAAUAUAAAGAGAAAAGAAAGAC